AUGUCUACGUUGUGGAAGUUCUUUGCACGUGAUAGCAAAUCCACUGAUGGACCGAAAUGUAAUGGCAAUUUUCACCCUCUGCGACCGGAAUUACAAAAACGAUUUGCUAAUGGUGUCAAAUACAACAUGAAACUGGUCAUUCGCGGUGAUCGGCGCACUGGGAAAACUGCCCUCUUUACUCGUCUAAAAGGAGAACCAUUUUCAUCAGACUACACUGCGACGGAUGAAAUUCAAGUCAGCUUCCUAGAUGCUGUCUUCAGCCCAGCCCGAGUUGGGGCAUCUGAUGCUGAGGUGUACCCCUUUACACCUGAGACUUUGAAACCAGCACCCGAAAGAUGUGCAGACGCAAUCGCAAAGUCCACCGUUUCCCAGCGCGUAGACACAACUGUGGCUUUGUUUCUCGGGACUAUUGUCGCUUGCAUCCUCUGGGGCUACAAGGAGACGGACGAGGUGGUCAAGGUCGAAGUCUGGGAUGUAGUAGACAAGGGAAAACCGCGAAAUCUCACUCAAGGCACAAAACUGCCCCGGUAUGCUCGGAAGUUCAUCAAGGAAGCCCAGGUAGGAGGUGCUUUGAAGCAAUACUUUCUGUCCUCUGAAACAUAG